UUUAGUCGACAUGUGGUUCGGAAUAUUUCUGUUAAGACUCCUCGCCGUCCUCUCGCCCUUUCAAUGAGUGGUCUUGCAGCAAACUCAUCCGGUGUUCCAGUUUGCUCCAAUCUCCCCACCUCAAAUGGUAACGCAGGAAAUCAGGCUUCUGGAGCAAGCAGUACAUCAGGACAAAAUGGAGGUGGCGGGAAUCCUAUUAAGCGCGUAAUGACUGGGGGAUUAUUGCUUAAUCUGGUUCACUCAGCCACUUCGUCAGCUGGUCACUCACUGCGUGAUCGAGGCGGUGAAACAGUCAAAGACAAACCACCAUGUGAUUCUUCCGACGCAGUUCCCGCUGCUUGUGUCAAAGCCAAUCUGUCUUUCCCGCCGAAGAUAGAGCAGGAGGACUCGGUCAAAGCGGAUUCUGGACCCGGUCUAAUUUACUCGGAACAAAGCUGCAAGAUUGUCAUUGAAUCCGCUACUUCUCCUGUUUCAUCUGUUAGCUUCUCUGGCUCUGCUUCCAAUAAUCAGACUGAUUUACCCCCUCAGCAAUUGGUACCUCCUACCACACCCAGGAGCUUAAGAUAA